AUGCCUGUGCUGCUCAUUCUUGAGUCAGGUCUGGAGAAGCCUACAUGUCUCCACCCUAACUUGGCCCCGAGAGCCUUCGAGCCAAAACUCCAGGAGCUGCUGAGAGUCCCCUGGGUGUUACCAUCCCGGCUUCUGACCGCAACGUGCGAGCGGAGGUCAAGAGCAGGGCCCCUGCCCCUCAGGACUUUGGCCCUGGGCUCCCACCCGCAGGCCUUGGCCCCACGGGCUUUCAGACCCCUAGCACAGCAAGAGAUCCAGGCAGGCCCGGCCCCCGCGGGCCUUCGUGGCCUCAGAGCGCCAGCUCAGCGCAGAGGGCUUCACCGGCUCAGGGCCCCUGUGUGGACGCUGCUCACCUCUGGGGAGCUCACAGUCACCCCUCGAGGCCCCAGGGCUGAGUGCCGAGCUCUGCGCCCCGCCCCGUGCAGCCAGGCGUGUCCCUCUGACUGGGGGCUGCGGGGGGCACCGAGGAUGGGAGCCCCUGCCUUAAACGGGCAUUGGGGAAGGGAGGACCCGGCCGGGCCCCCCUGGCCCCCGUGCAGCCCACAGCUGGUGCUCCCCUCAAAGGCCAUGUCUUCCUGCCCGGAACUUCCAGGUGGCGGGGAGGACACGGUGCCUCCUGACAUCCCCCUGGAGACACCCCAUGAUAGGCAGUGUCCAGAUCAGACCUUGCAAGACGUGGCCAAAAGCCGCCCAAGGUCCCAGAGAGGCGGCCCCCGGCCCCUAACCUGUCGCAGGGGCAUGGCACGUUACAGGGUUCCCAGUGGCAAGGCCUCGCUUGUCCUUCGGGUUGCCGCUGCUGGGAAUGUGCUGUUUGAGCUUGGCACCCUGCCUGUGGCGGAGCCCGGCGCCUUGACCGUGGUGGCGAGGACCGCCAUCCAGCCUAGCUCCAAACCAGCUACCCAGGAGCAGCCCUGUGCCCAGGGAAGGAGGUGUCACCUUGAUGAUGAAAAGUAG